GCAACACUAUAUCAGUUUCGCGUUCUACUAUUAAUGUGAAAUAGCGGCAGGUAGAUGCUCUCGGCAUUGUCCCGUCCAAGUUUGAACCAUCUCCUGAGAUCAUGCAGCGACGCUCAAGCGUUGGUCCAAAUCCAUGCCCUCAUGCUCGUCACCGGAUCUCUGUACUACCCUCACUCCUCUGGCCAUUUGAUCUCUGCGUACGCCCGGAUCGGCGACGUCGCCGCCGCCCACUCCGUCUUCCGGACCGCCUCCAACCCCAACAUCUCCACAUGGAACGCCCUCAUUAUUGCCCACUCCCGGCGACGUUCUCUCGACCAAGUCCUCCGCCUUUACCGCCUCCUUGUCUCCCGGGGCCGGCCGCGGCCCGACAGUUCCACGUUCACCGUGACCCUUAAGGCUUGCGCUCAAUCGUUUGAUCUCAGGUCCGGACAGGAGGUUAUGGCCCAUGCCUCGGAUCUCGGGUACUCGCAUGAUGUGUUCGUUUGCUCUUCGGUACUUAAUAUGUAUGCAAAAUGUGGGAAAAUGGAUGAUGCUAUGAGGGUGUUCGACGAAAUGCCUAAGAAGGAUAUCGUUUCUUGGACCACAAUGAUCACGGGGUUUGUAAACGCUGGGAAUCCAGUGGAAGCAAUAGAGGUUUAUAGGAAGAUGCAAGCCGAGGGUGUUGAGGGAGAUGGGAUCGUGAUGGUUGGCCUGUUGCAAGCAUGUGCGGCAUUCGGAGACAUGGGGAUCGGUCAGUCUGUUCAUGGGCAUAUGUUGCGGCAUCACAUUGAAACAGAUGUUGUUGUCGAGACUAGUCUUGUGGACAUGUACGCCAAAAAUGGUUUCUUGGAAACUGCACACAUUGCCUUCGAGAAAAUGUCUUCUAAAAAUGUUGUGUCAUGGAGUGCAUUGAUAUCGAGCUAUGCUCAAAAUGGAUUUGCUAGUGAUGCACUAUGGAUGUUGAUCAAGAUGCAGGAGUUUGGUUUGUGUCCUGAUUCAGUUGCACUUGUGAGUGCUAUUUUGGCAUGUUCUCACAUUGGGUUUUUGAAAUUGGGCAAGUCCAUUCAUGGGUUCAUAAUGAGGAGGUUUGAUUUUGAUCAUAUCCUGGGUACUGCAGUUAUUGACAUGUACUCCAAGUGUGGCUCCCUCUUGAGUGCUCGUGAACUUUUCGAUAGGGUUUGUUCAAGAGACCUGAUCUCGUGGAACACAAUGAUUGCUAGUUACGGUGUUCAUGGACAUGGGAAGGAGGCACUAUCGACCUUCCUAGAAAUGAGCAAAACUGAAUUGAAGCCUGACCAUGCCACAUUUGCUUCCCUGUUAUCUGCUUUCAGUCACUCGGGCCUUGUAGAAGAAGGACGUCACUGGUUCAAUCUCAUGAGACAGGAGUACAGGAUUGAUCCAAGUGACAAGCACUAUGUUUGCAUGGUAGAUCUUUUAGCUCGUGCUGGUCAUGUUGAAGAAGCCUGUGAGCUCAUCCAGUCCAUGCCAGAUGAACCAGGAGUUGCAGUCUGGGUUGCACUCCUUUCUGGUUGUCACAAUCACAAAAAGUUGGAGUUAGGCCAGUAUGCAGCAGGAAAGGUUCUUGAGCUAUGCCCUGAUGACUCGGGCAUAUAUUCCUUGGUGUCAAAUGUUUUUGCCAUGGCAAAGAAUUGGGAUAAGGUAGUUGAGGUGCGAAGGAGAAUGAAGAAUAUGGGGACAAGGAAAGUACCAGGGUAUAGCUUAGUGGAAGUUGGAGGAAAGCUUCAUGCUUUUCGAAUGGAGGAUAGGAGCCAUCCCCAAUAUGAAAGGAUCAUGGAUUUGUUAAAGAGAUUGGACUUCGAGAUGAGGAAAUUGGGUUACAAACCAAAGACAGAGUUUGUGUUCCAUGACCUUGACGAGGAUGUGAAAGAGAGAAUGCUUGGCAAUCACAGUGAAAAAUUAGCUAUUGCCUUUGGGUUGUUGACCACCAGUCCAGGGACAAGAAUUGUUAUCAUAAAGAACUUAAGGAUAUGUGGAGAUUGUCAUGACGCAAUAAAGUGUAUUUCAGAGAUAGUAAACCGGGAGAUCGUUGUAAGGGAUGUGAAAAGGUUCCACCAUUUUAGGAAUGGACUUUGCUCUUGUGGAGAUCACUGGUAAAGAUAUUUAUUCUCAGAAUAGUAGUCGUGAACUGACAGAAACAGUACAGAAGCUUCAGAUUGAGCAGCUGGAAACAGUUUUCAAAAGCACACUGGAGUUCUUUCUCAACAGAAUUAUUUCUCCACUACAUGAUAGAGGUAAUAGAAUGAGACCACAAUCUGGAUUUGAUUCAGCAUCCCAUUGGCAUUCGAGUUUGCAAGCUAUUUCUUUCUGCAUGAGAAUGAACAUUUGUCUGUCUCCCAGUUCAAGUCUAUUAACAUGAUUUAGACAGUUUACUCAAUACCGUCGAAUCACUUGGGCCGACUUUCAUCCCCGUUCAACAGGUGGGCCUUACCGUCAAGCUCCUUUCUGCUUUGUAAUCGGGCCAAUCUCUGUCCAAAGACAGAAGUUGCUUACCUUCCUCUCUUCAUCCAGCUGACAUAGUUGGAGCAGCUGGGUACCCUACCCAACAAAAACAAACCAGAAUGUUUGUUUUGGCUGAUGUUGUUGGCUCUGUUCAUAAAGAUAGUGGCACUCAUGAAGUACGAUCAGGUUUUACAUAUUGCACAAAGCAAACAUAUGAUCAUAGUAUGUAAUGGUAAGUGAUAGAGGUUUUCAUGGGAAAAAGAAAAGGAGUUACAAAGAAAAAAAAAUAGAUCUUCAGUAGUUUCAUGG